UCGCGCUAAACCUGUCCGUUAAUCGUUGGGAUCCCGGCAUCAUGCGGUCAUCUGUGGGCGGUGACGAACUGUAGCGUGAACAUACAACCUGAGUGACCAACACACACACACACACACGCACGGAGGACUCAGGAGGAAGCUGCUGCUAUCUUAACGGCGAUGAACAUGGAUUUAAAAGGCACCAUAGAGCAGAUGGAGACGGGAGAGCAGGACGCUGCUCUAGCGGCUCUCCAGAGCUACAACAAGGAGAUGAACCACUGCUUUACGUUCAGCAAGGACGACGAGCGGGACAGAGAGCUUCUGGGUGGAUUGGUCCUCGGUUUCCUGGACAGCGAGCUGCAGCCCUCCUGUCAGCUGGCCUGUCUAGAAACGGUUCGAAUCCUGUCCAGAGACAAACACUGCCUGGAGCCCUUCAUCAGCCGCUCUGCCAUGUCCACUCUUGCCCUCUACGCCGGCAUUGCCGUGGUCAGUACUGCCACACCUGCCCGCAGCCAGCCGGUGGAAGGCCAAGUGGAAGGUGAGGAAGGAGAGGGGGAAGAGGCAGCAGAGGAAGCCUCCCGUCCUUCAGAGAACUCUGACCAGGAAUUGAUUGUUGAGUCUCUCAAGUCCAUCUCUAACAUCCUGCUACACAACGAGACAGGACAGGCAGUAGCAGCAGAUCUACAGCUGAUAAAGGGUGUGGCAGAGAGGCUGAAGCAGUGCCAUGAUCCCACCUGGAUCCAUGAGGUGCGUUUCUUUGACCUGCGCAUCACCUUCCUGCUGACUGCCCUGAGAAUGGACGUCAGGGCGCAGCUGGUUCAGGAGCUUCACGGCAUCAGUCUGCUAGGCAACCAGUUGGAUGCCACACUGGGUCUGUGUUGGCCGGAUACAUUGGAGACGGCCAGGGCAGGGUUAGAGGUGGGGGAACAACUGCCCCCACUGAGCCGGCAGCAGACAGAGCUAACCAUGGAAAUACUGAAAAUACUCUUCAAUAUCACAUUUGACACAUCCAGGUGCAAGGUCGACGAGGAAGAGGCAGCAGAGUACAGACACCUGGGAGCCCUGCUGAGACACUGUCUUAUGAGCCAUGCAGACGGAGAGGAGCGUACUGAGGAGUUCCACAGCCACACAGUUAACUUGCUAGGCAACCUCCCUCUGCCCUGUUUGGAUGUACUGUUGAUCCCUAAAGUGCAACAAGGCUCCAUUGAGUACAUGGGGGUCAACAUGGACGCUGUGAACAUGCUGCUGGAAUUCAUGGAGAAAACACUUGACCGGGGAUGUAAGCUCAGGGAAACCCUUCUCCCAUCACUGAGCCUGCUGACUGAGAGCGCCCGAAUCCACCGAGAGACCAGAAAGUUCCUCAGGUCAAAGGUGCUGCCCCCCCUGCGUGAUGUUACGAACAAGCCAGAGGUGGGCAGUGCUCUGAGGAACAAACUAGUCCGUAUUAUGACGAGCAUCGACACUGAUGUCAAGGACUGUGCUGCUGAGUUCCUCUUUGUUCUCUGCAAAGAAAGUGUCUCUAGGUUCAUUAAGUACACUGGAUACGGUAAUGCUGCUGGUCUUCUGGCUGCCAGAGGACUGCUGAGGGGGGGCAGAGACUCUGGGAUCUACUCUGAGGAUGAAGAGUCUGACACAGAGGAGUACAGAGAAGCCAAGGCCCAUAUAAACCCAAUAACAGGAGUUGUAGAAGAAGAACAGCCCAACCCCAUGGAGGGAAUGACAGAGGAGCAGAAAGAGCUGGAAGCCAUGAAGCUGGUCCACAUGUUUGACAGACUGUCAAGGAACAAUCUGAUCCAGCCCAUGCAGCUCGGUAUGGACGGGAAGAUGAGAGAGAUUUCUCCAGAGGAGCCACCUAACUCAGACAGUGAGGAAGAGGCUUAGCAGACACAUAGGCAACACAUUCACUUCCUGUGAGAGUAGAUCGAUGUCGUUAUGUUAUUUAUUCACGCCACGCGGUCCAACGCGUUGCUGUUAGUUGUUGUGAUGGAGGCGAGUUAUGGAGCAUUGUUUAGUCAAAGUGAGAACAGAGCAUAGAGUACGUUAUGUGCAAUCCUGUCAACUACUAUCAACACUGUUCAAUGAGUACCAUUAGUGUGUAGAUCUGUUUCCUUCCUCUCAGACGUUUAUCUCAGUUCACUAUAGAAACACCAGAGCGUGUAAAGGUUAACAUUCAAACAGAUAGCUACACCUCUUUACACGAGGCCAUCACAUGUGCACAAAGAGGAACAUUUCCCCCACGUUGUUCCUCAGUCAACUUAAAUAAGCAACAAUCUCCAAGAGGCUCCUUCUGAUCAUUGGCAGCUUUCAUGUCUCAUGUCUCAUGAUGUCUGCUCCCCUAGACUUUACAGUCCAUGGAUUAUCUGAGUAACAGUGAAUCAGAUGUAGUUUCCUCAACAAAUCAAAUCCAAACUGUCUGGGUUUGUGUUUUGCAAACUGUAUUGUUUCAUGCUGCAAAGUAAUCACUACUUUAAUCUUAAAGUCAUUCACUUCCACAGUAUGGUUUCUUGAUUGAUCUCUUUUGUCUUCCAAGAUAUAAAAGUCUCUUUUCCUUACUUCCUGAGGGAUUGGCUGAUGGCUACCUAAUAUUACCAAAUUAACUCCCAGCUCAAGUUUUGCAACUCAUUUAACACAAAUAUGAAUUUAGUUUUUUCUCACAUGAAAAGGUUCCUGAUGGGCAGGCGACUCUCAAACCUGAGAUAUCAGAGCAUCCUUGAACCCACCGACCCCGUAUACAGCUCCAUCACCACACCACCAGAGCAUCUCUGUCAGUUCAAAUCCAUAUUAUAAUGAAAUCAUUGAGCUAAUGAAUGCCUGAGAGGUGGAGAAUAUGAACAACGCAUCAGUACGGUCCAUUCGACUGUGCUCCUUGUUGGAUUAAAGUUAGAGCCCCAACAUUCAAAUGCUGCCCUACUUACAAUGUUCACUCACAGAUUCAACACCUUAUCACACAGUCCCUUGCUGUUUGUGACGUUACUGGGAUCAGUCAUUAGCUCUACAUGCUGUGUCCAUUGGUUUGACUGUUACUGGCUCCAGAAUGACACGAAACCUGAACCUCAAAUGCCUCAAAAAGGUGGUUUGUGUUGGUAUGGUUCAUUUAUUGUAGUAUGCUUUCAACACCAGCAUGUUUGAAAGGACUAACUAAUGAACAGUUGCAGCAUUAAACAAUACAGUUUGCAAAACACAAACCCAGAUAGUUUGGAUUUGAUUUGUUGAGGAAACUAUAUCUGAUUCACUGUUACUCAGAUAAUCCACAGACCUCACUGUCUGCAGGGUUAGGCUUCUAGUCACCGCCUCCAUCUUUUACAGUGUGUUGGGACUCUUCAUGAUGAGACACGUGUGUCAUGUCUACUUUACAUGAGAGCAGAGGAAAGUGUUUGAAAGCUAGCCAAAGAGAUGUACUUCAGUUUGUGACAGUGGAUGAAAUGUACUCUUGGAUUUUAGAUGCCUGUUGUUUUACAUAAAGAUGUUUUAUUUUUAGAAGUGAAAUGUGAAACUGCAGACAGAAGUCAUAAUUCAGUGAGGAUGAAACGCCUGUAUGCAAAGAUAGAGAGCAAAGAGAACCUGAAACAUGUUAUUAGCAGUAUAAUAUAUAAUAAAAGUGUUUAAAUGCCA